AUGUAUACACAAACAAUAAAAAUGCCGGUCCAGAAAGAUACAAAUAUCGUAAAAAUCGCUGUUCAGAUGACGGAACAAGUACCACAACUUAUUGAAUUUAAUCAAAAACAUCCACUUACUGCUAUUAUUCAGGAAUUGUGUAAUGGGUGGGGUCUUUCUGAUCCUGAAUCAUAUUCAUUACAAUUUUCGGAGAGUAACAAUCAAAAUUAUAUCACAGAAAAAAAUCGUAAUGAAGUAAAAAAUGGUAGUAUUUUGAGAUUGGAAUUUUCCCCCUCUAAAACAGCCUGUGAUAUUCUAACCAAGCUCAAUAAUGGGACUAUGGAAGAAAAAAUUACUGCUUUGCAAAAAUUGAGCACUCUUAGCACAGAUAUGACAUUUGCAUUAGAAUUUAUUAACAAGCAAGGAUUAGCUUUAAUUAUAUCACAGGUGGAAGGCGAAAAGUAUAAGGGAAAUGCACUUGCAUAUUCACUUCAAUCAUUUGUGGAGCUAAUGGAUCAUGGAAUUGUUUCAUGGGAUAUACUAGAGACACCUUUUAUUAAUAAAGUAGCAAGCUAUGUGAACAAUCAAGCUGUAAUUCAAGAUACUAGUAUUAUUGAAGCUUCACUUAGCAUUCUUGAAAAUAUAGUAUUGAAUUCAUCAGGAAAAUAUGGACAAGUUGAAAAAGAAGUUACAUUUCCUAAUCUAGUGAUGCAUUUACAAAGUGCUCGUCCACAAAUACAACAAAAUGCAAUAGCUCUAAUAAAUGCCUUAUUUCUUAAGGCUGAUUUAUCUAAACGUAGAGCUGUUGCUGCAACUCUUCAAUCUAAACAAGUUAGAAAUGUAUUUUUGACGAAUAUCAUACAAUCUACUGGUCAGGUUGGUGCAGAAAUGGCGCACCAAUUAUAUGUACUUCAAACACUUAUGUUAAGUUUGUGGGAACAGCGUAUGAUGACAAAAAUGGAUCCACAAGAUCAAGAUGCACAUGAUAAGAUUAAAGAACUUCGAAGAAUUGCUUUUGAUACUGAAGGAGCUGUAGGUGGAGAUAUUACUGCUAGAAAACAGGGUCUUUUUGCUAAGGAUUAUAAAAAAUUGGGUUUCAAAUAUGAUAUUAAUCCUGCUCUUGAUUUUACUGAAACUCCACCCGGCAUGCUUGCUUUAGACUGUAUGGUUUAUUUUGCACGUAAUCAUACUGAAGCUUAUACUAAAGUUGUUUUAGAAAACUCUUGCAGGGCAGAUGAACAUGAAUGUCCUUUUGGUAGAACAAGUGUGGAGCUUGUCAAAUUACUUUGUGAAGUUUUACGUAUUGGAGAAGCACCUAGUGAACAAGGACAAUCAUAUCAUCCUAUGUUUUUUACACAUGAUCAUCCAUUUGAAGAGUUCUAUUGUGUAUGCAUAGUCCUUUUAAAUAAGACUUGGAAAGAAAUGAGAGCCACCACUGAAGAUUUUGUAAAAGUAUUUUCUGUUGUCAGAGAACAAAUUACUAGAGCACUUCAGUGUAAACCUACAGCAUUGGAUAAAUUCAAAAAUAAAUUACAACAAUUAACAUAUUCGACAAUUACUAAUUUAUGGCAACAAGAAAGGACUAGCAGGGAAGAGUGGGAAAGUCAUGCAAGACCCAUAGUUGAGCUCAGAGAACAAAUUACACCUGAAAUCUUAGAACUUAUUCAACAACAACGCUUAGGAUUCUUAGUAGAAGGCACCAGAUUUAUGAAAUAUAGCGCUAGAGGACAGAGAAUAAAGGAUAAGUUCUGGUACGUUCGACUUUCACCAAAUCAUAAAGUAUUCCAUUAUGGUGACUGUGAUGAAAAAUCAGUACCAACAAUAGAUGAACUUCCUACAAAAUUAGCUGUUGUUGAAAUUCGUGCUUUACUGACUGGUAGAGAUUGUCCCCAUAUGAAGGAUUUGCAGCGACGGAAAACUACGCAUCAGUUGGCUUUUUCUUUAAUUUUAGAUUCUGUAGAAGUCUCAAGCCUAGAUUUCGUUGCUCCUGAUGAACAAGUUUUUGAUUAUUGGACAGAUGGCAUUAAUGCUUUACUUGGUAGUAGAAUGACCAGUAAAGAGGCGGAAAAUGAUUUGGAGACAUUAUUAUCCAUGGACAUUAAACUAAGACUUUUAGAUACGGAAGGAAUUGAUAUUCCCCAAGAUCCACCUGCUAUUCCCGAUCCUCCAUCAAAUUAUGAUUUUUGUUAUGAAUUAAAAUAAGAAUUUCGUCUUAUAUAUGUUCAAUAAUUGUUAUAAUAAUUUAACAUAAGAUAUAUUGGCAAGGUAAUGCUUAAAUAUUUAUAUGUCAAAGAGAAAACUAAUUAUAAGCUAUAACAAGCUAUAAUAAGCUAUCCUAAACUAUAAUUUUUAUACAUACAAUUAAUUCUUGGCAUGUUUUAUUAAUGCUGUUUCAACACAAUACUUUUAAUUAUAUACAUAAAUUUUUAAUUAUGUAAACCAAAACUGAUACUUUAAUUAGGUACAAAAAUGCAGUAUAUUUUACCAAAGAUACAUUUCACAUGUACAAAUUAUAUACAUAUAACAUUUUCAAAAUUAUUUGUAUAUAUCAAAUUUAUAUUUACAUGAUAAUAUAUCCCAUCUUUUUUAUCUAAUGAUCAUAAGAGGAUAAAAAUAUAAUAUUAUAUAUGAUUCCUCUAAUAAAUUUUUAGUUAAAUUAUUCCAAUCAUGACGAAACUUUAUUUAGAGAGAAAAUGCAGUGUUUAAGGUAUAAAAAAUUCAUAAAUAUAAAUUAAUAAAUUAUUUAUUGAAUCAUUUCUUAUUUAAUAUCAUGAGUAAAAAGCUAUAAUAUUAAAAGCAAUAAUCAUCGAGAUUAUGUGCAGGUACAUAUGUGACAGUUGACAAUGUUAAUUGCUUAGUUAAUAACAUUUUCAAUUUCUUAGAGGUGUAGUAUUACUGAAAUAUAGUAAUUGCAAUUUAUCAUUAUUUACAUAAUAUCUUCUGAAAGUAUCUGGUAGUUUUGUGGAUCAUUUGUUUGAUGAUUU